AUGGCAGUGCACACAGUAGUACUGAUUCCUGGCGAUGGUAUUGGUCCGGAAAUCACAGACGCCGUGCUUGCGGUGCUUGAGGCUGCGGGCGCACAAAUCGAAUGGGUACGCCACCAGGCCGGUAUCACAGCGCUGGAGACAAGCGGUGAAGUGCUGCCUGCCGACACCCUUGAAGCCAUUGAGCACCAUGGCGUUGCCCUCAAAGGUCCCUGCACCACGCCAGUAGGAGAAGGUUUCUCAUCAGUUAACGUACAGCUGCGCAAAACCUUUGAUUUGUAUGCGGCAGUCCGCCCGGUGCGCAGUUUACCCGGGGUUAAAACCCGCUACGAAGAUGUGGACCUGAUCAUCAUCCGGGAAAACACGGAAGGCUUGUACAGUGGCGUAGAGAACGAAGUCACACCCGGCGUUGUGAUGAGCAUGAAAGUAGCAACGGAAAAUGGUUGCGAACGCAUUGCCAAAUGGGCGUUUCGUUUUGCCACACAACGCCAGCGCGAAAAAAUCACAGUCUUCCACAAAGCCAACAUCAUGAAAAUGACCGAUGGUCUGUUUUUACGCAGUGCGGAAUACACCCACCGCCACGAUUAUCCGAAUAUAGAGUACACCAGCGCUAUCAUCGACGCCGGCUGCAUGCGACUUGUGCAGGACCCUUCCCAGUUUGAUGUCUUGUUACUUGAAAACCUGUACGGCGAUGUGAUCAGCGAUCUGUGUGCCGGCCUGGUUGGUGGCCUGGGUGUCGUACCCGGCGCAAACUACGGUGAAAAAGAAGCUAUUUUCGAAGCUGUACAUGGCUCUGCGCCAGACAUUGCGGGCAAGAACAUUGCGAAUCCAUUGGCGUUAUUGAUGUCGGCUGUAAUGAUGUUGAAUUAUCUUGCCGAGACCACCGAAGACAAUAGCCUGCUGGACGUGGCCGCCCGCAUUCGCGAGGCCUAUGACGAAGCCUUGCAAGCCGGCGAAAAGACUCGCGACCUGGGCGGCAACCUGGGCACAGCUGAAUUUGCGCAAGCUGUCAUCAAGCGCAUCAAACACAACUAA